CGGCCCUCGGAAUGGAGGACCGCAGUUACUGAGGCUGCGCAGAGUCCGACUUUACAGGAGGCGGAGCUUCGUCUUUCGCCCGCAAGAAAGGCCGUGGGAUCGGCGAUUGGCGGCAGCCGAGGUCGGGCGUGAGCCCUGCGGGGGCUUUGGGCUUUCGAUUUCCAUCUGAGCAAAGCCACCCCUGAAAGGAGGAAACAUGGCUUCUGAAUCUGAAACCUUGAAUCCCAGUGCUCGAAUAAUGACCUUUUACCCAACCAUGGAAGAGUUCCGGAACUUCAGCCGGUACAUUGCCUACAUUGAAUCCCAAGGAGCUCACCGGGCUGGGCUAGCUAAGGUUGUUCCUCCCAAAGAGUGGAAGCCUCGAAUGUCCUAUGAUGACAUUGAUGAUCUGGUCAUCCCUGCACCCAUCCAGCAGCUGGUGACCGGGCAGUCUGGCCUCUUCACUCAGUACAACAUUCAGAAGAAAGCCAUGACUGUCCGUGAGUUCCGCAAGAUCGCCAAUAGUGAUAAAUACUGUACCCCACGAUAUAGUGAGUUUGAAGAGCUAGAGCGGAAAUACUGGAAGAACCUCACCUUUAACCCUCCGAUCUAUGGUGCAGAUGUGAACGGCACACUCUAUGAAAAGCACGUUGAUGAGUGGAAUAUUGGCCGACUGAGGACCAUCCUAGACCUCGUGGAAAAGGAGAGUGGGAUCACCAUCGAGGGGGUGAACACCCCGUACCUGUACUUCGGCAUGUGGAAAACAUCCUUCGCCUGGCACACAGAAGACAUGGACCUAUACAGCAUCAACUACCUGCACUUUGGAGAGCCAAAGUCUUGGUACUCUGUUCCACCCGAGCAUGGGAAGCGCCUGGAGCGUCUUGCCAAAGGUUUUUUCCCAGGAAGUGCUCAAAGCUGUGAGGCUUUUCUCCGACACAAGAUGACCCUGAUUUCCCCAUUAAUGCUGAAGAAGUACGGCAUUCCUUUUGACAAGGUGACCCAAGAAGCUGGAGAGUUUAUGAUCACCUUCCCAUAUGGUUACCAUGCUGGCUUCAACCACGGUUUCAAUUGUGCUGAGUCUACCAAUUUUGCCACCCGUCGGUGGAUUGAGUAUGGCAAACAGGCUGUCCUGUGCUCUUGCAGAAAAGACAUGGUCAAGAUUUCCAUGGAUGUGUUUGUGAGGCGGUUCCAGCCAGAACGAUACAAACUCUGGAAAGCUGGGAAGGACAGCACAGUUAUCGACCAUACUCUUCCCACACCUGAAGCAGCUGAAUUUCUGAAGGAGAAUGAGCUACCUCCAAGAGCUGGGACUGAGGAGUGCCCAGAGGAUGACAUGGGAGGAGUUGAGCAGGGAGAGGAGGACAGCGUGAAGAGAAGCCUGGCCAAGCACCGUAUAGGGACAAAGAGGCACCGGGUCUGUCUUGAAAUACCACAGGAGGUGAGUCAGAGUGAGCUCUUUCCCAAAGAGGAGCUGAGUUCCGGACAGUAUGAGAUGACUGAGUGCCAGGCCACCCUCGCCCCUGUGAGGCCCACCCACAGCUCUGUGCGGCAAGUUGAUGACGGCCUGCCCUUCCCAGAUUACUCUGACUCCACUGAAGUCAAAUUUGAAGAACUCAAGAAUGUCAAGCUAGAAGAGGAAGAGGAGGAGGAGGAGCCAGAAAGCACUGCUCUGGAUCUGUCUGUGAAUCCUGCUUCUCUAGGGGGACGCCUUGUCUUCUCAGGUUCCAAAAAGAAAUCCUCUUCCAGCCUGGGCUCCAGUUCUUCUCAGGAUUCUGUUUCUUCUGAUUCUGAAACCAGCGAUUCUAUUUCUUGCCAAGGCCAGGAAAAAACAGAAGUUCUCACUGUGCACAGCUAUGCCAAAGGGGAUGGCAGGGCCACCACUGGAGAGCCAUGUGUGAAGAAGAAGUGCAGUGCGCCCAGAAGCAUCAGCGAGCAGGAGCUGGCAGAGGUUGCAGAUGAGUACAUGUUUUCCCUGGAGGAGAAUAAGAAGACCAAGGGUCGCCGCCAGCCCUUAAGCAAGCUUCCUCGCCAUCACCCGCUUGUGUUGCAGGAGUGUGGCAGCGAUGACGAGACUUCUGAACUGACCCCUGAGGAGGAGGCUGAAGAGACAGAGACUUGGGCCAAGCCCCUGAGCCAGCUAUGGCAGAACCGACCUCCCAACUUUGAGGCUGAAAAGGAAUUCAAUGAGACCAUGGCCCAACAGGCCCCUCACUGUGCCGUCUGUAUGAUCUUCCAGACGUACCAUCAGGUCGAGUUUGGAAGCUUUAGUCAGAACUGUGGGAAUGCUUCAGAACUAGCUGCCCAGACACAGAGGACCAAGCCAUUGAUUCCAGAAAUGUGCUUCACCUCAACUGGCUGCAGCACGGACAUCAAUCUUUCUACUCCUUAUCUGGAAGAGGAUGGCACCAGCAUGCUGGUGUCCUGCAAGAAGUGUAGUGUCCGCGUCCAUGCCAGUUGCUAUGGGGUCCCCCCUGCAAAGGCUUCUGAAGAGUGGAUGUGUUCUCGGUGUUCAGCCAACGCCUUGGAGGAGGACUGCUGUUUAUGCUCGUUGCGCGGAGGGGCCCUGCAGAGAGCAAACGACGAUAGGUGGGUCCAUGUAUCGUGUGCUGUAGCAAUUCUGGAAGCAAGGUUUGUCAACAUUGCUGAAAGAAGUCCAGUGGAUGUGAGCAAAAUCCCUCUGCCCCGCUUCAAACUGAAGUGCGUCUUCUGUAAAAAACGAAGAAAAAGGAACGCGGGCUGCUGCGUGCAGUGUUCUCACGGCCGCUGCCCUACUGCCUUCCACGUGAGCUGUGCCCAGGCUGCUGGGGUGAUGAUGCAGCCGGACGACUGGCCUUUCGUUGUCUUCAUUACCUGCUUUCGGCACAAGAUUCCCAAUUUGGAGCGUGCCAAGGGGGCCUUGCAGAGCAUCACUGCAGGUCAGAAGGUCAUUAGCAAGCAUAAGAAUGGGCGCUUCUACCAGUGUGAGGUGGUCAGGCUCACCACUGAGACCUUCUAUGAAGUCAACUUUGAUGACGGCUCCUUCAGUGACAACCUUUAUCCUGAGGACAUAGUGAGUCAGGACUGUCUCCAACUGGGACCUCCUGCUGAAGGGGAAGUGGUUCAAGUGAGAUGGACAGAUGGUCAAGUCUAUGGGGCUAAGUUUGUGGCCUCCCACCCCAUCCAGAUGUACCAGGUGGAGUUUGAGGAUGGCUCACAGCUUGUGGUUAAGAGAGAUGACGUGUACACACUGGAUGAAGAGCUUCCCAAGAGAGUCAAGUCUAGAUUGUCAGUAGCUUCAGACAUGCGCUUCAAUGAGAUUUUCACAGAGAAGGAAGUUAAGCAAGAAAAGAAGCGACAACGGGUCAUCAACUCAAGAUACCGGGAAGAUUAUAUUGAGCCUGCGCUGUACCGGGCCAUUAUGGAGUAGAUGCUUCCAAGUCCGAAGAGGUUCCUAGCCAUCAAGGCAAGAGCACUCUAGGGUUCCACAGCACAGCAGACACUUGGAACUCAGAAGUCUAUAAAAGUGAAGA